UUCUGAGCAUUAUACACGCGAACAAAUCAUCCUUCUGGACCGCAAAUGGAUAUGUCAACUACGUUUGAUUUUGGGUACAAAAUUCGACAAACUUUUUAGCGGAGAAAAUUCAAUGGGUAAAUUGCUUGAUAAUCAUGUUGGUUUAGUUAUUAUAAAAAAUCUUGAAACUGUUUUAAUGAACCGAUUGAAAGCUUUUGCUUUAUAUGUUGAUGCUAGAGAGGAGAAUCAACAGGAAGAAGGAAGGUCCUUCCUGAAAUUAAUAUAUGAGACAGCAAUUUUUGGCAUUGAUUUGGAUCAUGAUAAACCUUUAGCAGUUCUUGGUGCUCCUGAGAGACAGGUCAACAAAGCUGCAAAAAAGGUUUACAGAAAUCUGGAGAAUAAAUUAAUGAUGAAAUAUAAUAUAAAUCGGAGAAUGGCACGUAAAAGGAUUGUAAACAAAAAAAUUAGGGAGUUAAAAAAUCUUUUUGGUAAUGAGUUAAUUCCGUAUAUGAGAGAUAGAGACGAUGAAGUAAAUCACAUUACCGCUGAGCAAUAUGUUGAACUCCAAAUUAAUGGGAAUGCUUUUGAGAUAAAAAAUAUAAAGGGAGUGCCAUUGGAUUAUGGAGUUCCAAGGAAUUAUGUAGGAAUUCCUUUCGAUUUGUUUUUCUGUGCUGGCGGUGCAAAUGACCGAAUAAGAGAUGAACUUUUAGGUAAUAAAUUUCUAAUAUUGUUUUUACUGGCACACUCGAAAUAUAUAAUAAUAUUUAUCGCUGACAGGGCAUGA